AUGCGGUUUCAGCGAGCAGCAAUACUUUCAUUCGCUGGAUCUGCUCUUGGAUCACCAACGAAACACAGUGUACCCUGUAUCAACACUCUCGGUAGUGUGCAGGUCUUACACUAUAACAACCUGGGCCCCCAGAACAAUGGCACGUCAGCUGUUCUCGUGUAUGAUGAGUUGAGCCACAAGGAUGCCGCAGCACGAUGUGCAGAAAUCGGCGAGAAACUUCACCCAUGGUCAUCUACCGUGUCUCUUCAGCAGACACAGCUUCUUUAUGAGCUUGAUUAUUUGACUUUCUCCAAUGCACUAGGUGCCGAUGCUCUCAUUUGGGUAUCAACUGAGCCAGACCACGGCAAGCAGUGUCAGGCGCUUUCAAUUCCACACAGGAAGCUACUGAACAUUCCUUGCAAUGUUCGACUCCACUCGCUGUGUUCCUCAACACCUCCCCCGUCGACAGAUCUUGACAGACGCCCGAGAGAGUCGAGCAAGCUCACCGUUGAGUCGCAAGGCUACAGCAUGACUGGCUAUCGCGAUGCCCGCUCUUUCCGAUUCCUCGGAAUUCCAUUCGCAAAUCCACCGAUCGGUCAUCUACGCUUUGCACCUCCACAAGCUUACUCGGGCCCAGAGAUCAUCGAUGCGACCAGAUUAAGCGAUUCUUGCAUUCAAUCAAUGUCCAGUUACGGGACAGACGGCAGCGUGGGUAUUUCUGAGGAUUGCCUCUAUCUCAACGUAUAUACACCUGUUUUACCCUCUUCAAGAGGCCAAAGAACCGCACUACGUCCGGUCGCGGUCUAUCUAUAUGGUGGCGCCUUCACCAAGGGGAGUGCAGCCAUGAUUGACUAUGACGGUGGUAAUUUUGCCAGUCGUAGCGAUGUUAUUAUCGUCACUCUCAAUUACCGUGUCGGUGCACUGGGGUAUCUUUCUACUGGGGACUUGACCACGGGAAGCUAUGGGACUCGUGACCAGAUCAUGGCAUUAGAAUGGGUUCAAAGACACAUUGAGGAUUUCGGAGGCGAUCCAUCUCAUGUUACACUUUUCGGACAGUCCGCUGGUGGUCAGAGUACUGUGGCUCUGCUGUCAUCUUCUGCUGCAAAGGGUCUUUUCUCCGGCGCGCUCAUUCAAUCUGCGCCACUGGAUUCCCCCUGGUUCCCUCGAAAGCUUUACUCGAAAUACAUCGCACCGGCAGUUGCCCAAGCAGUUGGGUGCAAUGAUACGAGCUCGGAGCAAGCUCUUCUCAAAUGUCUUCGGGCUGUUCCCGCUACGAAUUAUCUCGAUAACUCCACUGCAUUUGGAGAAGCUACUGCUAGCAUUACCGCAAGCAUCGCAGAUCACUACUAUCACAACACAAAAAUGCUCUCAGGAACUGAACCAUUCAUGCCCAUGGUUGACGAUUCAGGAUCUGGCGUGAUUGACGAUCAAUUCUUUGAGCUGCUGGCCAAAAACAAGCUUCCCAUUCAUGUUCCAACAAUUUUCACCAACGUGCACGAUGAAGCAGCUCUGUACACUGAUGGGGAAGUCUCAAACCUUGGAUCCUCACAGCUUGCACUGGAUGCCUUGCUUCAAUUGGCAUUUGGCGCUGAGCUAGCCCCUAAGAUGAUUUCCUCUGGUGCAUUUCAAGUCAAUACCUCAGAUCCAGAUGGUGUUCGUAACGCUGCUUCUGAUGCCGUCACGGCCAGCGAGUGGACCUGUGCCCAAGGAUAUCUUCUCAAUAAGACACACUCUGCCUUCCCUGCCCUUUAUGAGAUGGUCAUUACCGACGGACAUAUCCAAACCAACGUGGGCGUUCCAGCGAUCUGUUCUCCGAACAAUGACUAUAACGCGUCUUGUCACUCUUCUGACGUGUUGCUCGCGUGGGGCACCUUGAACUCCAAGACCAAGUACGUCGCUCCUUACUACGAUGAUCAGGAUAUUCGACACUCUCAGCUCUUACACGAUAUAUUUGGCGCUUUCUUCCGCACCCGCAAUCCUAAUCCCAAUCUUGACUUCUUGAAAGUUCGCGGGCCUGCAUAUGCGACUACCCUUGCUAUUUUUGCCGGUGGACAAGUGAUAAACCCCUCGCAUGGGGAACAGCACAAUGGCCUUUCAAUUGAGCAGUAUCAACCUCAAGAUCGGAAUUUGACCUUGCUAGGCUUCCCGCCGUCUCAUAUUGCCAACUUCGAAUAUUCAAAUAAGUGUGCUGUCUUCCACGACUAUGGGUUUACUUUCCAACGCGCAGAGCUCACAGACUAA